AUGACUCCGACACUGAAAGUCGCGCUGGCUCAGUUCCAGGCCAAGCCUCUCUGUGUGCCGGAAAACUUUGACCGCGCAGCCUCAGAGAUCCGAUCUGCUGCUGCCCAAGGAUGCCAUCUCGUUGUGUUGCCGGAAUACCACCUGACAUCCUGGGUUCCAGAGGACCCUACGUUUGCCGAGGCUUGUGCAGCCUCCGCGAAGUAUUUGCCUCGAUAUAAGGAGCUAGCGAGAGAAUUGAACAUUCACAUCGUCCCAGGAACGAUUGUUGAACCUGUCACUAUCCAACCUUCGGAUCCCAUUACUACAUCUCUCCCAGAACGGGACAUCAAGGCGGGCGACCCGGCCAUCGAACUACACAAUAAAGCCUACUUCAUCGCUGCGGCUACUGGGGAGAUACUAGGGACAUAUCAAAAAAAGAAUCUUUGGCACGUCGAGCGCGGUGUCCUUACUGCGGAUAAGAAAUCGCCUCACAAGGCUUUCAACGUUCCUCUUCCCGGGAGCAACCAUGUCGUACGAGUUGGCCUGCUCAUCUGCUGGGAUCUGGCAUUCCCCGAGGCUUCCCGGCAGUUGAUGGCAGACGGCGCCAAACUUGUCAUUAUUCCCGCGUACUGGCACAUCAAAGAGGUUAAUCCGCGACUUACAUCAUUGAAUCCGGACUCGGAGGCGGUGUUAUUGGAUAGCGUUACUGUUGCUAGGGCGUACGAGAACACUUGUGCAAUCGCGUUCUGCAAUGCCUGGGGCCUUAGCCAGAUUGCGAUGCCGGUGCUUGGCUCUCUCGGAAGGUUGGGAGCUGAGAAAGAAGGGUGUGUUAUUAGUGAUGUAGAUUUGGAUGCUCUGGAGGUUGCGGAGAGCCAUUACAAGCUCAGAGAGGAUAUACGUGGUGAGGAGUGGCACUAUUAG